AUGGACGGCCCUUUGAACGGCGACGAAAAAGAUACCCGCACAUCCCUGAGGACAGUGACGAAUUCGAUAACAUGGCCUUGUUACACGGUUGCACUCAGCUUCGGGGGGAUUGCUGUUCUUCUCAAGCAGACACCUAACCGAUUCACCGGUCUGGAUGUCAUCGGGAUCAUUGUUUUCAUGAUCUCGAUUGUGAUCUUCGUCCUCGUGUCAUUAAGCAUGGUGUUCGAGUCUCUCAUGGCUCUUAAGACGUCGACUAAAGUGACACAUCCCGCAAUCUCAGCGGAGUUCUUCCGCUACAAAACGCCGCAGGAACUAUUUCUCGUUCCGUCAUGUCUGCUGGCGUUCGCGACCAUCCUCAUGAAUACCACCAGCUACGCCACACCACAUGUCGGUGAAUGGCUCCCGAUCCUCAUGAACAUCUUCUUCUGGAUCUACACCGGCAUCUCGCUGGCCAUAUCGAUCCUGCUGGGCUGGCGUCUGCCCUCGUCCGGCACCAGCACGGACAAACACUUCUGCAUCGUUCGCAUCAUGCCCUUCUUCCCUCCGAUGCUCUCUGGCACCAUGGCCGGCGUCAUGGCCACCAGCCAGCCUCCAUCGCGCGCAAUCCCCAUGCUCAUCGGCGGCACCACGAUGCAGGGAUUCGGCUUCUUAAUGUUCCUCAUGGUCCUCGCACAAUGCUUCCUCGAGCUGAACUCGGAAGGCCUGCCCGAGCCAUACUUCCGCCCGGAAAUGUUCAUCACCGUCGGCCCGCCCAGCUUCACGAUCAUCGCUUUUAUCGGUAUGGCCACCGCGGCGGUGGAGAAGUUUCCGGACCAUUACAUCUCCGAGGCGACGUCCGUGCGCACCGCCGACGUGCUUCUCAUCGUGGCUGUCUUCACGGGGAUUCUGCUCUGGACGCUGGCGUUCUUCCUUUUCUGCCUGUCGAUGAUCAGCUUGCUGCAUGCGCUGUUCAAACGAUCUACUAGUUUCGGAUUGUUGUGGUGGUGCAUGGUGUUUCCGAAUACGGGGUUCGUGUUGGCUACGGCGAAGAUCUCGUCUGCGCUGAGCUCCGUGGCGAUCGGGUGGGUGGCGACGGCGAUGACGCUGUUGCAGGUUGCGUUGUGGUUGACGAUGACGAGCCUGCAGCUGAGGGAUUUCUUUAGGAAGGGGAUGGAGAUGCGACGGAAGAUUUAG